AUGCAGCAUUCCAAGUUCAACUACCGCUCUUGUAAUGAAUUAUCUUUUCAACAACAGUUAGCAUCUUGCUUUGUGGACAAUAAUUUAACACAUGUUCAGGGUAAUGAUAUUUUAACUCUCCUUCGUAAACAUGCGUGUUUUUCUAAUCUUCCAAAAGAUGUUAGAACGUUAAUAGAUACACCACGUAGACGUGUUGUUGUGUUCAAUGUACCGCCGGGGGAAUAUGUACAUUUUGAUCUUGCAACAUCUUUGAUUCAAAGUAUUUCCAAUAUUUCAUCUGCAGGUACAAUUAAUGAAUUGGAACUAGAUAUAAAUACUGAUGGUUGUAACUUAGACAAAAGUGGCAGUGUUCAUAUUUGGCCUAUCCAAUGCAGAAUUAUUAACGUAUAAGGCACAAAACCAAUAGUUGUAGGUAUUUAUCAGGGUGCACACAAGCCUAAGGAUCCAAACAUUUUUUUUGAAAAAUUAGUUGCAGAUAUCAUAGCUAUAAUAUUCGUUGGAGGUAUAGAUUUUAAUGAGAGAAAGAUCCCAGUACGGUUAAGGUGCUUUAUAGCAGAUGCACCAGCGCGAGCGUUUAUUUUAAAUCAUCGCAGUCAUAUGUACAGUCAACCAUGUUCUAAAUGUAAGAUUAAUGGCAUUCGUUGUGAAGGGCGUUACGUUUUCCACCUGGUAAAUGAUCCUCUUUGUACGGAUGAAGAUUAUGCUCGGUGUGUUGACGAGGGUCAUCAUAAAGGUACAAGCCCAUUAGCAAAGUUGUCACUAGGUAUGGUAUCGCGUGUACCCUUUGAAUAUAUGCACCUCGUUUGUUUGGGCGUAACGAAGAAACUGUUAUGUGCUUGGAAAUUACAUGAGGUACAUGGAAAUUACACUCGAUUUUCGAAAUUAACAAGUAGUAGUAUCUCCAUAGUUUCUGCAAGGUUGAAUAAUCUUCGCGAUUAUUGUCCUUCCGAAUUUGCAAGACGUCCAAGACCUCUAGAUGCAUGUUCUAAAUUUAAAGCGACAGAAUACCGUCAAUUUUUGCUAUAUACAGGGCCGGUUGUAAUGCGCGAUAUACUUGAUGAACGCUUGUAUAAGCAUUUUUUGUUUUUGCAUACAGCAAUAAGAAUUUUAGUAUCCAAUUCACCAUCAGAAAAACUAUUAAAUUUUGCGGAACUUGCAUUACAAAAAUUCGUUAUUCGAAGUGAACAUUUAUAUAACCCGACAUUUAAUUCAUACAAUGUUCAUGGUCUUCUACACCUUGUUAGCGAUGUUAAACGUGUUGGUACCUUAGAUUCAUUUUCUGCUUUUCCGUACGAGAGUAAUAUGUCAAUGUUUAGAAAAUAUUUGAGAAAACCGGCUUUACCUCUAGCACAAUUCGCGAAUCGCUUAAUAGAAAAAGAAAAUUAUGAAACGGUCAAUAAUCGUGAAAUUGAAUGUUCUGUUCGCAAUAAUAGUGAUACUUCAUAUUGUCAUUAUCGUAAGAUUCAGUUUAACGGAAUAUCAUUAGCUCUGCAUGCACAUGAUAAUUGUUGCAUUUUACAUAAUGGAUUAGUUUGUAUAGUAGUCGACAUUAUCGUUCAUAACACUUCAUACCGUUUGGAAGUAAAAAGAUUUUUACAGAUAGAGGACUUUUAUAAUAUUGGCAUUUCAUCUUCGGUUCUCGGAAUAUAUAAAUGUUCUACUUUAUCCAACGAUACUUUCUUUAUUAACUUGGAAGAAGUGCAAGUGAAAUGUUACAGAAUAACAUACAGCCAUUUGUCAUGUAUGGACAGUAGCGAUAGCGAAGAUGAUGAAUCGGCAACAGAGCAGUACAUUAUCGCAGCAAUAGCACAUGUGGAAUAG